UUUAGAAGUUCGUCAGAGUUAGGAAGUGACGCAAGAAACUCGGAUCUACCCAGAGAAGGGAAAAGGAUCAGAGAGGGAAUAAGUGAAGGUGAGCUUUAAGGGCACACCUUAGGCGUAGUCCUUUCAUCCAGAGCAGUACCUGCAACAUUGUCAGUGUUGGGGAGGGUCUCCUGCAGACCGCGCUCCGAACGGCCGGGGCCCCGCCCACCGCGCUCCGGAAGGCCCGGGCCCGCCCAACGCGCUGCCAGCGCCCCGCGGAACUCUGCUACGCAGACGUGUUUCGCGGGGAGCGAAUUCGGCGUCGGUCCUGAAGCCCUCCUCAGGGUCUGGCUGCGGCUGCAGCGCAUGGCGGCUCCAGGACAUCCUGCUCGGGAGACAUCGGCAGCCCCAGGGCACCCUACGUGCAGUGACGCUGCCUCCAGGGCCAAGAAACAAAAGAAGAAGAAGAAAACCCGGAAUGGGGCCUCUGCGGCGAAUGGAGGCGGGAAAGCCACAGAAUCGCCGGCCUCAGAGGGAGCCCCCCUAAGUGCGGAGGCCCAGGCGGAGCAGCUGGCCCGGGAACUGGCCUGGUGCGUGGAAAAGCUGGAGCUGGGGCUGAAGAUGCAGAGACCUACCCCUAAGCAGAAAGAGCAAGCUCUUGGGGCAAUCCGAACCCUGCGCAGCCAAAGAACCCCCCUGCCCCGGAAGAGGCAGCUGAUGCACUCCUUGUUCGGGGACUACAGGGCUCAGAUGGAAGCCGAGUGGUGCGUGGCCCUGCGGGCUCUCAGGACUGCUGCCCACUCAGUCCAGGUGCAGCCUGUAGGUGAGGCCGCCAGAAAGAAGAGCCGAAGGGUCUGCAGGCCUCGUCUAACAGGGAGAGCCAAGGACACCCGAGACACUCCUGAUGAAGAGUUUAGGUUCAAUUUCUUUUAGCCUCUUCCCCAUUCUGGAACGGUUCUCCUCUGCAGUUGGUGCAGGGGUUUGUCUUGAGUGCAGAGCUUUCCAGGAAUGCUCCGUCAGACAGAUGUGGGGUUGCUCUGUCCCUGGCUGGUCAGUGAAUCUGGUGCCAUGGCUGUUGGGAAGAUGCAAGACCUGCAUGUUGGGUACUGACCUGACUGUCAGACAAGCCCAGGACCCCGUUUAUAGGUUUUCAGCUGAAAUGUCUCUCCUGCCAGAAGAGGGCGGUCCAUUCAGAAGUUUCUACAGUAAACUGAAGUGAGUGUUUAGCAUGUUGUAGAAGGACUCUUUUAACAGGCUUAGGAGCAGACUAAGUAGAUGUUGGUAAUAAGGAUUAGUAGGGAAGCAACAUAGUUAUGCACUGGUGCUCACUUAUGGGAGGAUGUUCUGUCAGGUGGUGUAGAGCUCCAUGCCAUUGUGUCUCAUUGCCAUAAUAAAAGUAUUCCUCACAAAAGUGGAA